AUGUCUUCGGACAUACCUACGCCUGAGCUCAGUGCUGAUGCUCUAUCUCCACUAGCUGCUGCAAGCAAGCCGCAGCGCGUACUUUCGUGCGUGCUGUGCGCGCAAAGAAAGGUCAAGUGCGAUCGAAAAUAUCCUUGUUCCAACUGUACCAAGGCUGGUACACAAUGUAUAUCCGCUGCGACAAUACCCCGGCAGAGACGCCGUAGAUUUCCUGAGCGAGAGUUGCUCGAUCGCCUGCGCCACUAUGAGGAUCUCCUUACGAAAAACGGCAUUGCUUUCCAAGCCUUGCAUGCGUUUUCGAACCCGCCAACGCGAUCCGAAGAAAGAAGCGACAGUCGUGAUAAGGAGCACACUAGGACUCAGCCAUCCUCCACAGGAGAUGCCGAGAAUUCCCAAGCCAAGAGUUUUUGGCAUGCCAUGAACCGAAGAGCAUACGAUGCUGAUGAUAACGCCAGCGACGAUGGUUCUGACCACAGUUCUUCGUCUCGACACGCACUACGACAAGCACAAAUUGUGAAAGCAUGGGAUUAUCUCUACGCACACGAACUGCACCGCAGCGAGGACCUGCUGUUUUGCUCGCGUAGCGCAGAUGUCAGCCUCUCAACCUUACAUCCACCACAAGCCCAGAUCUUCAAGCUCUGGCAACUGUACCUGGAAAAUGUUGAUCCAUUGCUGAAGCUUACCCAUACCCCCACCCUCCAAGCACGCAUCAUCGAUGCCGCUAGCGACAUUUCCAACAUCGAUCCUAAUUUGGAGGCUCUCAUGUUCUCAAUCUACUGCAUGGCUAUCUUCAGUCUGGAUCAAGAGCAGUGCCAAGCGAUGUUUGGAAGGCGUAGAUCAGAAAUUAUCAGAGGUUAUCAGGUGGGUGCAAGAGAGGCGCUAGUGAACUGUGAAUUUUUGAAAUCCAGCGAUAGAGAAUGUUUGACAGCUCUUCAUCUCUACUUGAUAUCACUCAAGCCUGACACAGACCCACGGUCACUGUCGUCUAUGCUAGGAGCUGCUGUUCGCAUUGCCCAGCGAAUGGGUAUCGACACAGAAUCUACCAACGCCAGGCACUCCGUGCUCGAGGCCGAGCUCCGCAGAAGGCUGUGGUGGUCUCUUACACUUUACGAUAACCGUAUGGCCGAGAUGACUGAGUGCAAGACCACUAGCUUGCUUCCAACUUGGGACUGCAAACCUCCGCUCAAUGUCAAUGACUUCAGUUUACGGGCCGAGAUGAGCACUCAGCCUGCUGAGUUCGGGGUUUUAUCCGAAGCACUGUUUGCAGUGAUACGCAGUCAGAUUGGCGAAUUCGUGCGUCAAAGCCCCUCUCAUCUGGAUUUUAUCAACCCAGCCCUAAAAACGUUCUCGAAGAAGGCCUCCGUCUCUGCUCAUUCAGAAUUCGAUGAACUUACAGAGUUCGAUUCGACGAUGGAGCGAAAGUAUCUUGCGCAUUGCGAUGCCCAGAACCCGUUGCACUUCCUGACUAUAUGGACGACACGCGCAUCACUUGCAAAGAUCGGAUUCGCAAAUUACUUAUCGACCAAUUCGCAGAAGUUUGGACAGGAAAGCGACGAGCAACGCGACCUCGGUCUUGCUUUUGCGCUCCGGCUGCUUGAGUGCGAUACAAUGCUCAUGACAUCACCCCUCAUCAAGAACUUCCGUUGGAUCGUCUACUUGAAUUUCCCCUUUCCCGUCUAUGUUCAUCUUGUUCAAGCGUUGAAAAGGCGGCCACUAGGCGAACAUGCAGACCGAUCGUGGCAGGCGAUGAGCGACAACUGCGCCGCUCGUUUGAUGGAUAUCGAGGUAAAGGACAGUCCAAUCGAAACAAAACCGAAAAACCCCUUCUUCACCAUAUUUGCGGGACUCGUACUUCAAGCUUGGUCCGCGCGCGAGGCAGUAUCUGCACAGUCAGAGCCACCAAAGAUUGUGACGGACAUCAAACGGAAGAUGGCACUUGUGGACGAAAAAGCGGCGGAGGUGCAGUUCCAGACACCAGGUUCCGAUAGCGCCAACCCACAGACAUCCGAGCUCAUGGGUUUGGGAAGUCUUGGUUCCCAAUUAGGAGUUACCGAUGGCAUGAACAUAGACAGUGGAGUUUUCCCUAUGGAUCUCACACAGGCUCCGAUCAACUUUAACGGUAGUCCAUGGACUUGGCAAAUUCCUAAUUGGAGCGCGAUGCCUGGUCAAGGAUGGUGA